AGAACUCAGGACCACAGCAACCUCUGAAGAGUUGAGUCUGUGGAGUGGACUAAGGCGGCAUCAGUCACCACAGGUUCUUGAAACAUGACUCCUACUGUCCUUCUGUUAAUCCUGUGCUUUGGAGUGGCCUCAGGUGCCCAAGCACAUGAUCCCAAAUUGGAUGCUGAGUGGAAAGACUGGAAGACUAAAUAUGCAAAAUCAUACAGUCCGAAGGAAGAAGCACUGAGGAGAGCAGUAUGGGAAGAAAACAUGAGAAUGAUCAAACUGCACAACAAGGAGAAUAGUCUGGGGAAGAAUAACUUCACCAUGAAAAUGAAUAAAUUUGGUGACCAGACCAGUGAAGAAUUCAGAAAAUCAAUAGACAAUAUUCCAAUUCCUGCUGCCAUGACAGACCCACAUGCCCAGAACCAUGUAUCUAUUGGUUUACCCGAUUAUAAGGAUUGGAGAGAGGAAGGCUAUGUGACUCCUGUACGGAAUCAGGGUAAAUGUGGCUCUUGUUGGGCUUUUGCUGCAGCUGGUGCCAUAGAAGGUCAGAUGUUCUGGAAAACUGGCAACCUCACCCCUCUAAGUGUGCAGAACCUAUUGGACUGUUCUAAAACUGUAGGAAACAAAGGCUGCCAAUCGGGUACUGCACACCAAGCAUUCGAGUAUGUUUUGAAAAAUAAAGGUCUUGAAGCUGAGGCAACCUAUCCAUACGAAGGAAAAGACGGACCCUGCAGGUACCGUAGUGAGAACGCUAGUGCUAAUAUCACAGAUUAUGUGAACCUCCCACCGAAUGAGCUUUACCUAUGGGUUGCUGUAGCAUCUAUUGGGCCUGUCUCUGCUGCCAUUGAUGCUUCUCAUGACUCUUUCAGGUUCUACAAUGGAGGUAUUUAUUAUGAGCCAAAUUGCAGCAGUUACUUUGUGAAUCAUGCAGUUCUGGUGGUUGGCUAUGGAUCUGAGGGAGAUGUGAAAGAUGGUAAUAACUACUGGCUGAUCAAGAACAGCUGGGGUGAAGAAUGGGGCAUGAAUGGCUACAUGCAGAUUGCCAAAGAUCACAACAACCACUGUGGAAUUGCUUCACUUGCCAGCUAUCCCAAUAUAUUUUGAUCUGCCUGUUGGUCACAAAGGAAGACAUGGUGGAGACAGUGUUUAGUGCCUUCCACCUUCACAGUAACCAGUCUCUCCUGAGUGUUUUCAACAGUUGAGUGGCUAAAAAGCCACCUUGUGGUGUGGAAUCUGGAACCUGCUUGUUCUACAACAGCAUGGCAACUACUAUAAUUAAAUUCUCUACUGAUGUGUCUUCAUGAUUCCUGUAGUAAUUUUAUUUUAAAUUUUAGUGGUUGUGCAAAUGGUGUCUUUUAAAAGGUUAAAUUGAAAUAUAGUUUGUAGCUUCUUUCUGUUUUGC